CAAUGAAACAAAGCAAAAAGGGGAGAGCACUUAGACAAUUCACUUUGAGUACAGGGAAGCCUGCUGGUAGGAAUUCGUCAGGGCGUAUUACGGUUUUUCACCGAGGGGGUGGAUCGAAGCGAUUGCAGCGAAGAAUUGAUCUGAAACGAAGCACUUCGUCUAUGGGCAUUGUAGAAAGGAUAGAAUAUGACCCUAAUCGUUCUUCUCGAAUCGCUCCAGUACGAUGGAUCGAGGGGGUGCUGCUAGGCCACCAGAGGAAAUGCAAGACUCAAGAAGAGUUCGCUCCGCUGCUCCAGAUCCUCGAACCUACCACGACUACCAUCCGCGGUCCAUUUUCGUUCUCUUCCCUGCCCGGGAAGGCGGAUCAAAGAAAGAUAGCUUCCUUCUCUCCUGGACUGAUGGCGGCUUAUGUAGUGGUCGGCUUUCCCACCAGAAUGCCUCCUUGGUCGAAGGGCCCCUUUACUAGUAAGGGCGCAGGAAGCAAAAAAACUUGCGCGAAGGACGUUUUCUUCUCUGCCUUCUCUUUUACAAAGGCCAAGGGAGAUACUGCACCCCUUUCUUUCGGUAGUUCUUUUUGUUUCCCAAGGAUAGCGGUAGCUGGGACAAUUCCAAUAAAAUUUCUUUCUUAA